UUUUCAUGUUUUUACUUAGUGCAGAGUGCACAACAUAUUGUUUGUGAUUCUAAUUGCUUUGUUAAAGCUUUUUCACUCUUUUAUCCACCAUUUUCAUUGCUUUGGGAUCAUUAUUAGUUGCCUUUCACUUUCAGCUCUACCUCACUCUUAUCCUGUCACUACCCCGUCUGUCCACAAACCCCUGUCGAGCCCCCGCAACUGACGUCAUCCAUUUACUAGCUGGAUCGGUAGAACUGCUCAGAGUGCUUCAAAUGCAGCUUGUUUAACGUCAACAUAUUGAAGCACUGGAGGAAACCCAAUUCUUGUCAUGAAAUAGGAUUGAAACCGGAAAUCUUGGAGGACAACAUGAUCCAAUUUAUGCUUUUGUUUUCCCGCCAGGGGAAACUUCGCCUCCAAAAAUGGUUCACAGCCCAGACGGAGAAAUCCAAGAAGAAAAUGUCACGCGAGCUGAUCUCUCAGAUCCUCAUUCGGAAACCAAAGAUGUCCUCGUUCUUGGAGUGGAAAGAUCUGAAAAUCGUGUACAAACGAUAUGCUAGCCUGUAUUUCUGUUGUGCUGUCGAGCAGAGUGACAAUGAAUUGAUAGCGCUGGAAAUCAUUCAUCGUUACGUGGAGCUGCUGGAUAAAUAUUUUGGCAGUGUGUGCGAACUGGACAUCAUUUUCAACUUUGAAAAAGCUUACUUCAUGUUAGACGAGUUGUUGUUGGGCGGCGAGCUCCAAGAGACUUCCAAAAAGAACGUGCUAAAAGCAAUUGCGGCGCAGGAUCUGCUUCAAGAGGAGGAGACACCGCAAGGCUUUUUCGAAGACGCCGGUUUGGGGUGAUGAGUGGAACCUAAAAGCUUUUUCAUAAAUAUAUUCUCUCGCCCUGCCAUAUCAAUUUGACUUGCCCCGUUGCAAAAGAGUUUAUUUCCGACUAUCAAAGCAUUUACCCUGUUCAUGCGUGUGAUCCAAGUCAUAAGCCGCAAAAUAAUUACUCCCGGUCUCCCAAGA